CCAGAUUGAAGCUGUCUUCUAAAAAGCAGUGCGGUGGAGAUAGUGAUGCCGAGGGAAUAGGUCAAUCUGAUAUAGGGGUGUGGACUUGUUUUCUCUCACUUUGGAACUCUCCCAUACACAGCAGCCAAAGCUCUACAUAGUGAGCAUGAAAUGACAGCUAAGUGAAAUUUUGAGAGUGUUAGAUGACUUCACAGUUCUAUGUCUUAUAAAGAUGCUACCGUUCUGCUGCUACCAAACAGUGCCUUUCUCCUGGAUAAGGAGAAAGUGAGAGAAGCCAGAUUAGAGCAGAAGCAAUGGAGGGGGAAGAGAGACUUUCCCACGUGUCUCCUGCUGGGAAUUGAAUAUCAGCAUCUCACAGCACCUUCUCCUCAUUCGCUACAAGGGGAACAGACUUCCUCCAUCCUUCACCCCUUUGAAGAAAUGGGAAUUCUUUUCAUUUCUCUCUCUCUCUUUUAAGACAGAGCAGCUUGUGCUUUCAGAGGACUGAUGUGCUCUCUCCCCGCUCCUGACCUUUUCCUCCCCAUUCUGCACAUCUGGCCUCCACCCUCCCCUUUCUGUGCGCCUCUUGCCCCUGCGUGCCUCCUCUGGCCAGAUGUGUAGGCAGGCGGAAGAGUCUGAGGGGAGGUGCUAAGGCAGAGAACUGGAACUACUUUCUCACAACAGCAGCAGGAGCAGCAGCAGCAGCAGGAGCAAGAGCAAAGCAGCCACAGACUCAUUGUGUGAGAGGGAGGGAAAAAGAGAUGGUGGCGGCAGCAGCAGUAGGAGACGGCAGCGCCUGCAAAUAAUCCUCCUCAUGCAACUUUUCCUUUAAGUGCCUCACACGCACGAGGGAGGCUUUCCUCCUGAUCCUUCUUCUCUUCCCUGGUGAUAAAAACUGGGACUCUGGAGAGGAUAUUCCCUUUUUGUACAAGUUACUGCAGCUCUGAAGAAGAAAAGAAAAGGACUGAUUUUGGGGGGGGGGCUUAGGUAGACUUUUAGGGACCAAAGGACUUCUCCCCCUUUUACGUUUCCCUAGGAUUUUUAAGGUGAUAUUUCCUCCCUCCCCUUUCUUUUUUUUUUGCAGAUUGGAGACAUCUGGGAUCUUAACUGGAGAAGCAGCUUAUUUUAGAAGUUAUCUUUUUUAGGUUGCUGCUCCCCCAAACACAUAUCCUACUCCAGGUGUUAAGCUCCCCACUUUCUCAGAGCAUCUCCUACAUAACUUCAGCAGUACCGAGUUUCCCCUCAUGGUUCAUACCCAUUACAAGGAAGUUUACAGUAACUUUGGAAUGAGAGACAAAAUUUCAGAGUGGGAAAGGAAAACCUGAACUCUGAUCUUUCCUCCCUUUGCUCAGAAUUUACGUUUAACUCCUACCUUCACGGCAAUGGAUUUUUACAAGGGGCAUUAAUUUCCUCCUCUUAAUGUUUUAAAGUUGGAAGUUGCGGCAAAGGGGGAGAAGCGACGGAGGAACUUCAUUUUUUAAAAAAUUUAAAUAACACACAAGUAUUUCAGUUUCCUGAAAGAGGUACGAAGACUGGAAGGGGAAAAUAUAUCCUUUCCCAGCCUGGUGGUCUGCUGGGACUUGGAAGAUGCCUUCCGUAAUGGAAAAAUCAGGGAUCCUGUCCAGAAGCCGGUCCAAGUCAGCCACCAACGGCAACCACCAGAACUCAGAAGAUGACAGCAGUGAAGAGGAGCACUCCCACGACAGCAUGAUCCGUGUGGGAGCAGAUUACCAAGCUGUGAUUCCAGAGUGCAAACCAGAGAGCCCAGCUCGCUACAGCAACAAGGAGUUGAAAGGGAUGCUCGUCUGGUCUCCAAAUCAUUGCGUCUCUGAUGCCAAAUUGGACAAAUAUAUUGCCAUGGCCAAGGAGAAGCACGGAUACAACAUAGAGCAGGCUCUGGGGAUGCUGCUGUGGCACAAACACGACGUGGAGAAGUCCCUGGCUGACUUGGCCAAUUUUACACCAUUCCCCGAUGAGUGGACGGUGGAGGACAAAGUCCUGUUUGAGCAAGCCUUCAGCUUCCAUGGCAAGAGUUUUGCUCGAAUCCAGCAGAUGCUUCCUGAUAAGAUGAUUCCCAGCCUGGUGAAGUAUUACUACUCCUGGAAGAAAACCCGGAGCAGGACUAGCGUGAUGGAUCGGCAGGCCCGCAAGCUGCUCAGCAAGAAGGAAAAGGAUGACAGUAAUGAUGAACUGGAGGAAGGACGGCAGGCAAGUGAGGGUGAAUUUGAUGCCAUGGAUCCCAAGAAGGAGCCUAGUUACCAGAAGCCCCUGAACAGCAAACCAGGGCCUGUGAAGAAGGAGGUGCAACUGUCACAGUAUCGGCACCACCCACUACGCACUCGCCGGCGUCCUCCCAAGGGCAUGUACCUGAGCCAGGAAGACAUUACGGGCCUGUCUGCCAGCCCCGACAUGGCUGUUGUCACCCUGCGCCACCUGGACUCCCAGCUGGUUUCCCUCAAGCGCCAGGUACAGAGCAUCAAGCAGAUCAAUAGCAGUAUGAAGCAGGUGCUAGAAGGUGGAAUAGACAAACUACGGCCACCUGAGACAAACAUCAAGUUCAAUUCACGCUGGACAACAGAUGAACAGCUGCUGGCUGUACAGGCCAUCCGAAAAUACGGCAAAGAUUUCCAGGCCAUCGCAGAGGUGAUUGGCAACAAGACAGUAGCCCAGGUGAAGACUUUCUUUGUCAGCUACCGGCGCCGGUUCAACUUGGAAGAGGUGCUGCAAGAAUGGGAGGCUGAGCAGGAGGGUGUGGGGCCGGCUGCCCCCCAAGGUAGCUCCCCUUCCCAGGACCAAAAGAGCUCUAGCGCUUCGUUAGCAAGCAGUGAGGAAGAAGACGAGGUACAGAUCACUGCGGUGUCCCGUUCCCAGCAGCAGCAGCAGCAGCAGCAGCCGCCACCACCACUGCCCCCUCCGCCGCCACUCCCAGCGUCUCCCCGGCCACCACCUGCUGCCCUCUCACAGCCACCCCCUUUGCUGAGGCCCACACUUCCAACAGCACCCACGCUGCACCGCCAACCCCCACCACUGCAGCAAGGCCGCUUCCUGCAGCCCAGACUGUCGCUCAACCAGCCGCCACCCCCGCUCAUUCGGCCAGCCACCUCGCGACAAGCACCCCGCAGUGGCCAGCACCCCCCAUCACUCCUUGGUGGGAUAGGAGAGCCCCCUCCUCCCUCCUCCAGCUCCCUCUGAGGGGUUUCAGAGUGCUUCCUUUGACAUCUGUGAGCCUGGCUCCACAACAGUCACAGCUGGGAUUGGUACAGUCCUCCUCUCCCCCCACAAGGUGUGCAUCGGUUGUGGUCAUAAAAAGGGAACAGGGGAAGGAGGGGCUUCGGGGUCCCAACUAUCAUCUGACCCAGUUCAGGUAGCAUCCAGAAAGCUGGCAAGGAAUCCCAACCCCCAUGUACAUUGGGGGGGGUGGGUUUUUUUUCUUGGGAGGGGAGGGAAAAGAAAGGAAGUGAUAGGACUAGUAGCUUGGGGUGGGUUUGGAUUAUGUUUACACUUUUGCAGGAUCAGUUGCGUCAGUGCCUGUGUGAAUCGGGGAUUGGGGGAGGGCAAGGGAAGGUAUGUAUGUCAGAGUUGACACCGGUGGAAGCUUGGGGGGAGGGGAGGAAGGAGGGGAGAUUUACACCUGAUCAGACUGGAUGCAGAGGCAAGAGUGCUCCCAAGUAAAGAUGCCCGUCUCUCUGUAACAGCAAUUUCCCUUCCUCUCCAGUUUCUAUAUGGCGAUUUGGAAGGAGGUGGGGAGGGAAUGAGUGGCAGCCUGAUUUGCUCUGUACCUGCCUGUCCACCUUGCCAGGCAGGAGCCCCUGGCAGCAAAGAUGUAGUGGUGGAGGCGGCAGCAGCCAGGCUCCCUAAAGAGUAGGAUUGGGCAGUCUUCUGUGUACGAUUCCCCUCCAAGGCCCCACCCAUUGCUGGGAGUCUUUUGUUGUUGUUGUCGUCCAUGGAGCAUUUUCAAUAAAGCUAUUUUGUUACAAUUG